GCCAAUGUUCUGGUGGCAUGAGUGACUGCUGGAGGAGCUGCAGUAACUGCUCUGCUGUCUGCGCAUACACGGGCUCAUACAAUGAGUCUAUGGACUGAACUGUCGAAAUCCUGCCCCGGUGUAAAAACUGACCGCUGACGUCGGGCUUGAACCCAGUGCGCAAGGUUAUGCAACUUUAACUCGCUCCAUGGAAAGUUAAUAUUUAGCUCAGACCCUUGGGAUCGAAAAAGGCUUCAAGGUGGCGACAGACAAGGUAACAGGCAAGCUGAGUUCAACUCUUUCAUGGGUGAAGAACUCAGUGUCGCAUACGGUGAGUCAGAUGGCUAGUCAGGUGGCCACGCCCUCUUCGCUGCACACCGCUGCGGCAUCGUCAACUGCCUCCCUGUCGUCGCCCUCCUCGGCCUCCCCAUCCCAGCUCAGUCCGGAUGAGGUGGAGCUAUUGGCCAAACUAGAGGAGCAGAACAGGUUGUUGGAGACGGACAGUAAGUCUUUACGCUCUGUAAAUGGCUCUCGGAGGAACAGUGGCUCCUCGUUGGUGUCCAGUUCAUCAGCCUCUUCCAAUUUAUCACACCUAGAGGAGGAUUCGUGGAUUCUGUGGGGACGAUUCGUCAACGAGUGGGAAGACGUGCGGAAGAAGAAGGAUAAGCAACUGAAGGAUUUGGUUAGGAAAGGUAUCCCCCAUCACUUCAGAGCAAUAGUAUGGCAGCUGUUGUGCAACGCCCAGAAUCUGCCCAUAAAGGAACAGUACUCUGAGUUGCUGAAGAUGACCUCGCCGUGUGAAAGACUCAUCCGAAGGGACAUCGCCCGGACUUACCCUGAGCAUGAGUUCUUUAAGGAGAAGGACAGUCUGGGACAAGAGGUGCUCUUUAAUGUUAUGAAGGCUUAUUCUCUGGUUGAUAGAGAGGUGGGAUACUGUCAAGGAAGUGCUUUCAUUGUUGGCCUUCUUCUUAUGCAGAUGCCAGAGGAGGAGGCUUUCUGUGUGUUUGUGAAACUGAUGCAGGACUAUAGGCUCAGAGAGCUCUUUAAACCCAGUAUGGCUGAACUGGGUCUUUGCAUGUACCAGUUUGAAUUUAUGAUUCAGGAGCAGCUCCCAGAGCUCCAUGUGCACUUCCAGGCUCAAAGUUUCCACACCUCCAUGUAUGCUUCAUCCUGGUUCCUCACUAUCUUUCUUACCUCGUUUCCUCUUCCUGUCGCCACUAGGAUCUUUGAUAUAUUCAUGUGUGAGGGUUUAGAAAUAGUGUUUCGUGUGGGGAUGGCCAUCCUGCAGAUGAAUCAGGCAGAACUCAUGCAGUUGGACAUGGAGGGGAUGUUGCAGCACUUUCAGAAGGUCAUCCCUCACCAGCUGGAUAGUGGACCAGACAAAGUCAUCCAGGCUGCUUAUCAAGUCAAAUACAAUGCCAAGAAAAUGAAAAAAUUAGAGAAGGAAUACACUACAAUCAAAACCAAGGAAAUGGAAGAACAGGUGGAGAUCAAGAGACUACGAACAGAGAACAGACUUCUGAAGCAGCGAAUAGACACUUUGGAAAAAGAAAGUGCUUCUUUGGCAGAUAGAUUGAUUCAGGGUCAGGUGACACGAGCCCAAGAGGCGGAGGAGAACUAUCUGGUCAAGCGGGAACUGGCCACGGUUAAACAACAUAACGAAGACACCAGCGCGCAGCUGGAGCAGGCACACAACACCAUCCGACAGCUCCAGCAGCAGCAGCCCUAUGCGAAGAUGAACCCGCGGUACUCUGAGGAGUUUAUUCUGCAGUUGGAGAGAGAGCUGGUGCAGGCCAGACUUAAGGAUGCUGAGUCUCAGUGUGCGCUGAAAGAGAUGCAGGACAAGAUCCUCCACAUGGAGAAGAGAAACGCAUCGCUGCCUGAUGAGAAUAAUGUGGUACGGCUACAGGAAGAGCUGAUAGGUGUAAAGCUGAGGGAGGCGGAGGCUCUAACAGGCCUUAAAGAACUUAGACAGCAGGUCAGAGACCUGGAGGAACACUGGCAGAGGCAUCUGGCGCGCACGGCAGGCCGCUGGAAAGAGAGCCCACGGAAGAAUGCAGCUAGCGAAUUGCAGGACGAGCUGAUGAGCGUGAGGCUCAGAGAAGCAGAGGCGCAGGCCGAGCUCAGAGAGACCAGACAGAGGAGGCUGGAGCUGGAGACUCAGAAUCAAAUACAUGGUAACCAAUUGCGGCGGGCGGAACAGGAGGCACGACACCUACAGGAGCAAGUGCAGGUUUUGACCAACCAGAACAAGAUGGUGCAUGCAGAGCUGCAGGAGACAAAACGGAAACAGGCUGAAAUAGAGUGCAAGAAUAAGGAAGAGGUAAUGGCAGUGAGAUUGAGAGAAGCUGAUAAUAUAGCUGCCAUGGCUGAACUACAGCAGCAGAUCUCCGAACUUGAGAUUCAGAAAGAGGAAGGAAAGGUCCAAGGCCACCUAAACAACACAGACUCCAGCCAGUACAUCCGAGACCUCAAGGACCAGAUAGCAGAUCUCAAACACGAGAUUCGAUGUUUAAGAGGAGAGAGGGGCCUUCCCGACAAACCCAGUUUUGAUGGGAUUCAUAUAGUCAAUCACUACGGUGGGGACAACGACUCGUACCAGUCCUCUGAUGAAGAUGGAGUGAAGAUGUCACCCCACCUGACUGGUCGUCAGAUUCGAGGCCGGAUCACACUACAUCCAAACCUUGAGGAUUCUGAGAGUGAGGAUGAUGAGGAUGGAGACGCCCUACAACUUACUGUGCCCUCAAAUGGCAGCUGUAAGACAACUACAGUGUGAUCGUGCUCAUCGAUGACAGAGACUGUCAUCUAAAGACUGGGAGGAAGAGCAUGAAGCUCGUAUAAAGUGCCUACAUUGCGUUGAGCAUGGGGCUGAACCUGAGAACUUGAAAACUCAGAACUCAUAUCUCUCAUUAAGUCAUGGUUUACAUCUGCAUCUGUUUUGUUUCUGCCAAAAUGCGUCAGAUGUUUGUCGUGGCACUUUAUUAUUUUUAGGUGCAACGUGCCUUUCUAGACUCUUCGAGAUCAUAGUCAUGAAGAUCAUCAUAUUGUGGCAGGAUAUUUGCAAACCUCAAAUAGCCCACAACUGUUUCGUAUAAGAGAAGAGACAUUGUAUAGUAUAGUGUUUUAUGCGUACGGACGAGUUUUCAUUGUCAUAGCUUUUAUUUUUUAAAUCAUGCUUUUUUAAACAAUGAGACACCAGCGAGUGUUUGCUGGUGGUCGGAACGAAUACAAAAUAUAUUAAAGAAUGGAACACUAUCAUCUUUAAAUAGACAUUAAACAGUCCCAUAUCAAUACAACAGUGUCAUAUCCAAAGUUUGCAAGCUCAAUGUGAUUCCCUCUGGCAUUAUACGAUUGGGUAUUGAAAGUGUCUUUGUGAAGUGUUUGUCCGACAUUCAACAUAGAUGUAAAUAUGUACAUGUUUUUCAUCUUCAUUAUUACUUGAAAAUAUGUAUUUAGUGGAUGUUAUGUCUAUAUUGUAAUGUAUUGUAAAGUUUAGUUGAAAGGGACGUAUUACUGAUUUUGGGAGGUCUUCAGAGAGACAUUUGCCUGCCACACUUCUCUCCAGUAAUUGUAAUGUACUGUAGCUUUGAUGGCACCGGUUCUCCAUUUCAGAAGAUGGAGUUUUGUUUUCAUGCAGUUGUUUUGGUGCCUGGAAAGGUUCUUUGAAAUUCUUAUUUAGUUUUUUUAAUAUGCAUUAUGUUGUGCAUGUUAUGAAUAUACAUUUUCAUUUAUCCCAAGCCAAGCACUCUGUGCCAGAGGCAAUGAAAAAACAAGUCCUCUACUGUCCUUCCUUUUCAUUUUACAAUCCCAUUUAAGUUUUUUUUUAUUUUGGAAUUGGUUUGCAUUUUUGCACAAAUGAUGAAUUAGACUUCAUAUAGGUAGCAUAAACCUGCUGUUCAGCUGAUAGAGAUGGUGGCAUCUGAGAGCAAGCCUUAAAAUGACUAAGAUUGAUGCCAUGUACACUAUUUGACCACCUUUUAAAACUGCCAGUCCGCUAAAAUAAAGACUUUGCGAACGAAAUUCUUUUUGCAGUGUGUUAAACACUAAUGUGAUUUAUUUAAUAUAAAGUAAAAUCUUUCAACGAUGUGUGAUAAAAUGAUUUAGGGUGAAUUCCGGUGCCCCAAGAAGCAGUGGGUUACAGUGCAUUUUAUAACAGCU